ACAGUAAACAUUCGACAUUUACGUACCUCGGAUAACAGUUAUGGUAUUAGAUAUGUUUUUAAAAUGUAAAGAAAAUGAUAGACUGACGUAAUGUUUGAAGUGAAAAGUUAUAAAAAUAAGGUAAUGAAGCAUUUAUUACAACGCUUAGGCAAUUAUGUACAGUUGGAUUGUGGACCGAAGACCUUAGAAACUCGAAAGACUCACAAUGAAGGUCCCGUCUGCUCAGCUGCUGCAGGAUGCCGAAGCCUUGAAAGCCUCACUAACAGAAGCUCCACCACUUAGCAGAGAGUCUCGGCUAAAACAACAAAAACUUGGACAGUUGUUUGAGGAACUGCUGCUCUACGAUCUUGAGUAUGCUCUUGAUAAGAAAGUGGAACAAGAGCUAUGGAAUUGUGUGUUUCGAAAUCCAAUAUCAGCACUUCAAAGCAAAGCUAAAACUCAGAAAAAAAUUAACAGCUCGGAGACUCUUGCCCAGUUGACAAUGCUACUGGAAACCGCUAGUGGAUUUUACUUUCAGCUGUUACAAAAGAUGUGUUGUGCAUUUGAUGUUGAUUUGCUGUGUUUUUCCAGGGACUUGACAUUUGAAUCAAACAAAAAGUUAAAAUGUAAGUUUGAAAGCAGUUCAAUUCCCUCAAAGUCAUCAGUUUUAUAUAUUUGUCAGCACUGUCUUGUACACUUAGGUGACAUUUCAAGAUACAGAUGUCAGUCACUACAAGCAGAAACUUAUUAUAAACAUGCUGUUGAAGUAGGACCCAAUAGUGGACAACCUUACAACCAGCUGGCUAUCCUGGAAGCUGCUAGUGGAGAUAAAUUAUCAACUGUAUUCUUCUAUAUUAGGAGUUUGGCUGUCAGCCAUCCUUUCCCAGCUGCUGCAACAAAUUUACAGAAAUUGUUUUCCAAGAUGGCAGGAGAUGGAGAAACACAUGAAGGAAAGACAAGAAUGUCAGUGUAUGAAUUUAUUACUGCUUUUCUUCAGUUUCAGGCUUUUGUUCACUUGGGGAUGGAUUUGAGUAAAGCAGAAAAACUUCUCCAGGUCUUAACAGCUGCAUUGCCUCCCUUGAUAAUUGCUGAGAAACUAGAAACUUGGCAGUUAAUUGAGAUGACAGCUGUUAACCUGUUUGCUGUCGAAAAUGCUUGGGGUUUCUUAGAAAAGGACUCAAAUGUGUUAGAUAAAGAUAAAAACCGACUUGAUAUCAUCCAAGAGUUGCCUGAAGAUGAACAAAAGUUUUCUGCUUUGGUUUUAGAAAUGAUGUCAAGUAUGUUGCAUGCUUUUUUGCUUCCUGUUCAUGCUGUUGUUAAACCUGAAGAAAUGCAGGACUACUGCAGUCUGCCAGCUGUUAAGGUCCUCCUUCAGUGGAUUUUACAAGAACCUAGUGUUCUAAAGCACGAAUCCUUUACAAGGAAACCACAAAUUUGGCACAGCUUUUGUAAACUUCUAAACGGCCUUGAGGUGGUAAUACUCAACAGUUCGGUCGAAAACAAGUUACAGAAUGUAGCCUUACCUGAAGAUUGGGAUCUUCAGGGCUUUGGACCAAUGCUAAAAACACAUCAGAAUUUGAAAUUUAGUAAGAAUAGUGGCACUCUUACAGCUAGUGAGGAAAGGUUUUUACGUAUAACAAGACUACAGGAUAUUGGCAUGGUUUUAUGUGAAGAUGACAAAGGAAAGAUAACUGUUGUCCAAAAUGAAGAAGAUAAAAGUUGUACAUUUUCAGCUCUUCAUCAGACUGAAACAGUAUCUCAAGAAGUAAUUCAGGAAUUACAAGAGAUGAAUAUAUCUAACAUUCCAGGCACAUCUUCUAGAUCUAGCCCAACUAACUUGGAUGUUUCAAGAGAUUUCCCUAGUGAAACCAUCAAAGAUUCAAAGGCAAAAAUCAUGACGAAACAUCAGCCUGAUAUCUCAACACAAGAAGUACGGUUUAAACUUGAUGAACAAGAAUCAAAGCCAGCUGAUGGUCAUCAUGCUAAACCCACAAUGGAGAAGACAGAGAAAAAAAUGGGGGUUGUUAAAGGUGGACAAGGGAUACAAAAAGAAAGAAGAGGAGGUAGACAGAAUGUUGCCAUGCAGACAAUACUUCAGCAAAGAGCUUUUCAAAAUUUGGACACUCAAGCAUUACAAUCUUCUGCUGAAAGGAACUCUGAGGAAAGUAUGUCAACCGUCAUGAUGUCUCCUACAGCCAAGUUUGGAGAGUUAGUGGCAAGACAACAAAUAGCAGGAAAUAAUGCUCAGAUUAUGUCACAACCUUUUUCUUUUACUGACCAGCACACAAGAGUGAUGGCAGAUGUUGACAAUAAAACUGGUUCUGCUCAAGAGCUUCUUUUUAAGCAUGGAGGACAAAAUGAAAGUACACCUGUCCCUCAACAUUCUCAUAACAUUCAUCCUGGAGAGCAUGCUUUAGGUGGUCCACCAGUAGGGGCAGCAUUACAAGCUCCAUUACAUCAUCUUAUUCCUCCUGGUCACAUGAGUCUUGGUGCACAACAGGGUCAUCCUCAAACUCAGAAAAACCAGCUUUCUACUCCUCAACAGUAUCUUCAUCAACAAUCCACAGAGAGAAGCCAGACUGUCCCAGUCCAGACAUAUAUGCCUAACCCAGGAGUCAUGUGGAAUUACUAUCUUCAAUCUAAUGGGAUGCAGCAGCCUUCUGUUCUACCAUCUUCUAAUGCACCUCAUGUAGUGCUUCCAAAUGCUGUCCAACAGCAGGCUAAUCUUGUUGUCAUGAAUCCAACAGGCCAAGUACAGCAGCAUCACCAAGAAAACUUGCACUUUCCUUAUUUUACAUCAAUGGGAGGAAUACAAGGAACAAGUGGUGGAUUAGGUAGAGUAGAGACUUCAGGAAAUUCUGUAAGCUCCAACAUUACCCGAAACCAAGCUUCUCAACUUCCUCAGGCAGUUGUAAUGCCUCCAUCUUCACUUGGAAUCCCUACCACGGACUGGCCACUCAAUUGGAAUCAACAAACAAACCAUGAACAUUCAGCAAGAUUGAACCCAGGCCAUCCUCUGCAGAGUAUGAAUUGUGCCCAGUCAGGUAACAUUCAGAGAGGUCCACCACCAAAUAUUUCACAUCAGACAGGACACAGAUUCAAUCAUCCAGGUACAAGAGGAAACCAGGUUGGUUCCCUUGCCGAUCCAGGUGGAAACACUUACUCUCUCUUCAGCUCUCCUUGGCCUUCUGGGAUUCAUAUGUCCCAGUCAGGUAAAGAUGGAAAUUAUACAGGAUCAAACAGUGCUAAUAUGGAAAGUUUGAUGGUACAACCACAGAUCCAGAGUCUCUGGUCUGGUCCAGGACCUUCUCCUCUUGAGAGACUUUUGGAACAACAGAAGCAAUGGCGAGAAGGAACAGGGCAGUGAAGCUUUGAGGAGAUUCUAGAGAGUUUUUGGAAAAAUUGGAAAUUUGUGAGAUGUAGAAUUGUCUCUGUUUAGAUAAGCAACAAUUCUGAGAGCUGUAAUAACAUGAUGUGGAGGUACUGUCAAGAUGACGUAUAGAAGGCACUACAUCACUAAGUUGUAUGGAAUUUAUAAGCACUAUAGCAACUUCGGACAUAGAGGCUAGAUUAAGAUGGAGUCUAUGAACAACUUCAAAGAGUUAAGUCAUCUAGUAAUCCACUAUUUAAUCAGAAGAUUAGAGUUUGCCAACAGAAGAAUAUCAGUGGGUGACCCAAAACAACACUCCUGUGAUGGUAAAUUAACUGACUAGCACAAUGUAUGUCUUAGUUGAAAUGCUUGAAAAUUAUUUCCGGGUUCUUUUUCAAUGAAAACCAUAAGUACUGUUUAAAAAUCUGAAAACUUGGAAGCGAUCUAAAGAUUUUCUUAACCAAUCACCAGUGUCAAAUGAAAGCUGAAUUACAGAACAGUCCAGUGAUUUUAGUUCACCAGUAACAAAUCUCAGUUAAAGUAAUCAGAGGAAGUAGUAUCAAGUCUGAAAUAAACUGAACUGAAAGCCACAAGAACUGUGUAUAGGAAUUUAAAGAAUAAGCUGGAAGUUAAGAAGUGUGACCCAUCCAUCAAAUCUAAGGAUAUCUUAUCUACAACAAAGAACUUUCAGUAAAAUGAUCUGACGUGUCCAGUAACCUGACAACAUAUCCGUCAGCCUAGGUGGCAUCCACUUAUGGUCACUCGAGCAGUUUUGAAAGUUAGUGCUUACAAAUAAGAAUCAUGUUAACAUUUAUAUUGUACUUUAUGCCGAAGUAAUCAGAUCUGUACGUAACGAAUUACAGGUUCACUGUAUGUUGUAUAUCUGGUUAUUUCCAUAAAUGUUAAAAAAAAACACCAUUUAGAUUAGUUAUAAAAGUUUAGGAAACCCAGAAUUUCUUGGGCGAAGAGUGGUGUUUGUGUAAUUCAUUGUGCUUGUAAAAUCAACUAAACUUUUAUACAAUUUUGUCUUUUUAAUUUGCACAUUUGGUUUUGGGUAGAAUACAGUACAAGUAUAAAUAAUAAUUUACAUGUAAACAUUUUUAUGAAGAACGUGCACAGUUAAACUCGAAGCUUUAGUUUUAGCCAUUAUUCAAAUUUAUAUUCAUGGGUUAUUUGACUGGAGUUUUUGAAGCUGGGAGUGAGAGUUAGAUAGUAAAAUAGUGUUUAAGUUCAAUGCUAUUGUGAUAUUAGAAAAUGUGUGUUAGGGAAGAACUUGUUCUAGAAAGUUCUUUACAACAUUGACAGUGUAGGAGGAUGUUAUCAAUUUCUUAAGCAACCAGAAAGGAAUGAGAUAUUAAUAGGUAUUCUUAAUUAUAUUCAGCGUUUGUCACUGUAGUAGUUUGUGGAAAUUAAUCUGGAACUCGAAACUGGACUUUAUAAGUGUUUAUUCAAGGAUCAUUUCUGUGUAACUUAAUCCAUAGCAUUAGUAUAAGUAAUGUUUGUGAGGGUACAGCGUAUGUGAUAGACCAGUUGGGAUUUUCAUGUUAUCUUUUCUUCAAUAUCCAAGUUAUGAAUACAUUUGUGUCUAAUUGCAAUAAAGUUAAGCCAGUUGCCUGUAUUUGUUUACUAACCGCUUUGGAAUUUUCAGUAACGGUGCGAACUAAUUUAAAAUCAAGUCUACUAAAUUGAGAUAGCUUUAAAAACGCCACUUUUUCAAAAAACUUUGUGCAUAACUAUUCACGCAUAAUUCACAAAUGUUUUUUUUUUUCUUAUUUGGACUUUUAAUAUUCUUUCAGUUUUAACCAUAAAUUAUUUGAGCGUCUGUUGUUCCUUCAGUGUUUAUGGAACAAUGUAAGUCGUGUCAAGAUGUUUCUACAUUUUCGUGUUUUGUGAAGUAGUUGAACACUAGUUUAAAAGACUUGGAGAUGGAUACCGGUAACUUAGUAGUAUUCUAGUAGUGUUUCCAAGGUGUAUCUGUUACGCUCCUGUGUUUUAUAUAUGUUAGUAAAGAUUGUGAAAUCUGCACUUAAUUUUUUUAUUAGUAGUCAGGCACAACUUUUAUUGAUUUAGUGUUAACACGUUACAGGUGAAAUGUGUUUGUUUGGAAUUCAAGGCUGGCCUAAAGAGAAGGGUGAAUGUACGAAAGUUAGUAGAUUGAUAAACUAGUUAUAUUAUAUUAAGUGUGUUUCUGUGUAAUUGGUUAUAAGUAUAGUUUAUAUUUCUGAAAUUGAUUUAAAAUUUUCACUAAGAGAAUGGGAAGUAAACGUUGAACAACCUCCCCCCCCCUCCAAACUUAAUAUCCCUCGAUAUACAUAUUUGAAUGGAUAAUUAUUGUUGUCAUGAUGUGUGUCAGAUUGUUUAAAUUAAGUAAAACGUGUGUUUAAUAAAGUUCGACCUCUACUUUUAAUCGGUUAUUUCAACAUUGUAUAAGUUACUUUGAAACUAUAUAUAUAUAUAUAUAUAUAUUUGUAACUUUAGAGAUUUGACUACUGUUUUUCGUGCGGUCCAUUGAAAUGACGAAUUUAGGCUUAGCUGUCACUGAAGAGAAAAAGUACCAGUGACAGCUAUAUUGCUUUGAAGAGUGCGUGAAAGAUGUAAAGACGACUUUUCCCCGGUUUUUUUUGCACUCGGGUGUGUUUGUGUGUGUGCAUGUUUUUACGAGUAAAUAAAGUGUGUUUUGUUUUAAGGUUGUAGGUUAACCAAACUUCUCUGAUUACGUUUAUGUUUAAAUAAUAAACGCUUCUCACUGUACUUGUUUUGAAAAAUCAAGAAUUAUCCACUAAAAAAAUAGUUUAAACUGUACACGUUGUAAGUAUUUCUCUUAUUUGGCGGGUGUGUAUUAGAAGAUCAAGAUUUGGUGUCCGAAUCUCCUAAAAAUAAUUCAUGCUCAGUGGCACAGCAGCACGUCUACGGAUUUAUAACACUAGAAACCGGGUUUCGAUACCCGUGGUUGAUACAGGACAGAUAGCCCAUUGUGUACCUUUGUGCUUAACUUCAAACAAACAAAUCAUGCCUGGAAAGACAAAUUUAUAUUAACUAGUAACAUGGAACUUUCUUAUAAUCAGAUAAAUAUUAAUAAUUUGUUGUAGAAACCGAAUGGGGUCACGACCUUAUAUUGCUUUAAGUAUUAUCAGUGACGUUAACUGACCAUCACGGUUGCUGCGUAUGAAAUACAAAACUCUCCAGUAAUGUAAUCAGAACAUGUAUUCUUGUACGUGACGCAUUCCGUAAAAUAUUUAUAUGAUUUCAGAGAUCAACGAAGGUUUACAACAUCAUCUUGCAUAGAUGGGUCAUAUUUUCUUAUUACGAACUUCCAUACGAUAUCGCCAAAAACGAUCAUCUUUUCAGCUACAAAAAUAUACUUUUAUAAAAUGCAGUUUUAUGACGCAAAACUGAAAUUUA